AUGGAUAAUUUCGAGGAGGACUUAACUUGCUCCGUUUGUUAUUCUAUUUUUGAGGACCCUCGCGUCUUGCCUUGUUCUCACACUUUCUGUAGAACCUGUUUGGAGAACAUUAUCCAAGGUUCAGGCAAUUUCUCCGUUUGGCGUCCCCUGCGAUUCCCGCUGAAAUGCCCCACCUGCAGAAGCAUUGUGGAGCUUCCUCCAACAGGCAUUAUCUCAUUACCUAUAAACUUCUCGUUGAUGGGAAUUAUUGAGAAAUACCAGAAAGAAGAUCAUCCAAAGACUCCAACCUGUCCAGAUCACUGCAGACAACCAUUAAACAUGUUCUGCCUGUUAGACCGCAAGUUGGUGUGUGGCUAUUGCUUAACAGUGGGCCAGCAUCAAGGACAUCCUAUUGAUGAUCUACAGAAUGCUUAUAUUAAAGAAAAGGAAACUGCUAACAAACUUGUUGAGCAACUGAGUGAUAAACACUGGGUAGUUAUGUCCGUUUUCAUUGAACAGUUGGUGCUUCAGAAAGCUCAAGCUGAACAAAUCAUUCAACAGGAUAAAGACACGGUCGUCCAAUAUUUUGAGGAUCUCCAAAAGACUCUGCAAACUAAAAAGGAAGCUCUUCUUGCUGCUUUGGAUGAAGUCAAUGCAAAAAUUGCCAGCGAAUACGAUCCACUGAUUUACAAGAUGAGCGAAAUGAAGGAAGAACAGCUUGCCCUUGAAAUAUUUGGUGCAUUUGUUGAAGAGGAAAAAGAUCCCCUGACCUUUCUUGAGAAUAUUCACAUCUAUCGUCAGAGAGUGAACGCUUUGAUCAAAACCAAGCUUCCAGUAAUUCGCCCGCUAGAUAUCCAGCCUCGGGCAGGACACUUUCUGAUGGAGAAAUGGUCAAAGAUCACAGUUGGGCAUAUUGAACAAGCACCAAUUCCGCAAGUGAAACACUGUUUGGAAAACCAAUGGAAUAAAGAUCUCGCAUCAUAUUUGAAACACGUAUGGGAGUUAUCUCAUAAGGUUUUAACUACAGGUGUAUUCAUAGCAGUGCUGUUUCUGUUAGCUAUACUUUCACUGAGCAUUUUCCUGAAGGAGAGUUGUAUUGAUGUGUUGAAUGCUACAAACAGCAAUCUCCCAGAUGUGCAAGCAACAUCGUGGAAAACUGUCUUAGAAGUUUGCACCAAACUUCAAUCACUGAAAACAAUUUUGGAAAAUUUGAUUGAAACACUAAUGGAUUUUUUCUGUCAGCUGCCAGCCUAUUUUCCUUGUAUUUAUCAAAUAUUUGGUUUCCAGUUAAGCAGUGCUUUUCAAUAUGCUUCGAACAGUUUGUGGAGUUUAUUUUUAUCAGGAAGUCAAGAACAAGCUUAGCAAAGAGGCCUUUUGCAUUUGUUCUGUAGGUUUGUUUCGCACACACCAUGGAUAAAUUAAAACAUAUAGAAGUCAUAGGACAUUAGGAUUUCUUUCUUUAAGGCAGAAAAUGGUUUAUCUGCCCACGUCAUCCAUUGUGUCAACCUUUGCGAUGCAAACAUUGGGAAAUUGAAUAUUGUACUUUUUGUAUACAUUGUUAGGAUAAGGUUUGAGUUCAGUUUGUGUAGGUUGCAAAGACAUAUUUUCCUCAAACAAUAGGUAGUUACAAUAAUUAUUGCUGGCCCUUCUUGCUGUAGAUGAUCAGAUCCUUUUGGAAGAUCCUUCUUGUGGUAAAAGGAAACUAGAGGGCAAUAUAUACCAAAAUGUAUUUAGUUCGCUACAGCGAACGUGGUCUGACACGACUUUACUAUCUUGCCAGAUUCAACAUGUUAUUCAUGAAUUUAUUUAACAUCAGUGCCAGAUACAUAUGCAAAGCAGCACAUAAUUGUAUUCACAUACCAAUGAAACGACAAAAAAAUAAAAGGCAGCACAGCCGUUUGUAUUAAAUAGCAAUACAGUAGAAUUCAGGAACGGUACCAUCUCAAAAGACGAUAGUUUUAUAAUGUUUUGCGAGGAACGCUUAUACAAGGCCAUUAAGAUAGAUAUGAAGGUUUCAGUCCACAGAAGUCAUUGGUGCUGAAAAGGUUUGAUCAAUUCCUGAGUUACCAAUAUAAAACUUGGUUAACUUUUUUUAUAAGAUAUAUUUCCACCUUCCAAUUUAAAUUUAAUGUACUUUCUAUUUUAAUAGUGUUUCUGAACAAAACAUUUUUUCUCCAAUGCUUUUCAUGUAAUUGAACAGAUGACACAAGUAUCAAAUGUAUACAGGAAAUGCGGAAAUCAUUUGGAGUUGAGGUACAGGUUAACCAUGACCCAAGUAGGGUGGUAGAACAGGCUCGAGGCACUGAAUGGCCUACUAUUCCUAUGUCGGCAGAAAGUAGUCUUAUAGAAGGUGCAUAUGAAAAUCAUUUUGUUCUCAAACUGAAUGCAGCAGAUUCCCUUGCAAUUUUAAAUUGCUGUUGAUUUACUUUUAUCUGUGGCACGGAGUCAACAUUUGUUGCAAAUUUCAACUAAAAGUGGAGCUAACGGGCGCAGAUAUAUUCAAAAGAGUUAUGAAUCAUUUCUGAGGGAAAAGAGGUAAAUGGGCCAGAUUGCUUGCUGUGAGUACAGAAUUUUAUAACAGACUUGUAUUGGGUUACUAUUUUAAUUAUGAGAAAAAUCACAAAGUUUAGUACUGAUGCUUUUUAUAUUAGGAUAUAAUGCAAAAUGCCUGUAGUAUUUGUAGUAUAAUUAGAAAACUGUUGCUUACUUUGUGGUCAAUGUAUUUUUUGUAUUUUUUUUACUAAUUAUUAUGAACCUGCUAACUCAUGUACUGAGGACGAUUGUGUGAAUUAAAUAUUACUUAUAUAAAAUUACAUUGGUAAUCAUUUUCACGACAAUAGAACAGAAAUGCCAAACCUAAAG